UCGUAUUCCCUCAGAUGCUCUUCUUUCACCCUGGAUUCCCCUUCCUCAGUUUAAUUCGCCUGCUCCCUCCUCCCUCCCCCAGCCUCGGCUAGCGAAACCCAGGAGAUGGGGAGGGGCUCGAGAUCCGUAGCGUGCUCGUUGCCGAGGAACAGUGAACAGAGUAUCUGUCAGGCAAGAGCUGCUGUGAUGGUUUAUGAUGAUGCCAAUAAGAAGUGGGUGCCAGCUGGUGGUUCAACUGGGUUCAGCAGAGUACAUAUAUAUCACCAUACAGGCAACAACACAUUCAGAGUGGUGGGCAGAAAGAUUCAAGACCAUCAGGUCGUGAUAAAUUGUGCCAUUCCUAAAGGACUGAAGUACAAUCAAGCUACACAGACUUUCCACCAAUGGCGGGAUGCUAGACAGGUGUAUGGUCUCAACUUUGGCAGCAAAGAGGAUGCCAAUGUCUUCGCAAGUGCCAUGAUGCAUGCCUUAGAAGUGUUAAAUUCACAGGAAACAGCCCAGAGCAAGGUUACUGCUACCCAGGACAGCACUAAUUUGCGAUGUAUUUUCUGUGUGUUCUAUUUAGGGCCAACAUUGCCUAGACAAAAUACACAACUACCUGCUCAAGUUCAAAAUGGCCCAUCCCAAGAAGAGUUGGAAAUCCAGAGAAGACAGCUGCAAGAACAGCAGCGACAGAAGGAUCUGGAGAGGGAGAGGCUGGAGAGAGAAAGAAUGGAGAGGGAAAGGCUGGAGAGAGAACGACUAGAAAGAGAGAGGCUAGAGAGGGAGCGUCUGGAACAAGAGCAGCUGGAGCGGCAGAGGCAGGAAAGGGAGCACAUGGAACGCCUGGAGAGGGAGCGGCUGGAACGCCUGGAGAGAGAACGGCAAGACCGAGAGCGCCUGGAGCAGCUGGAGCGCGAGCAAGUGGAGUGGGAGCGAGAGCGCGAGCGCAGAGUGUCUAAUGCUGCUCCAUCUUCAGACAGCUCCCUGUAUAAUGCUCCACUUCCUGAGUAUUCCAGUUGCCAGCCUCCUUCAGCACCUCCUCCAUCAUAUGCUAAAGUCAUCUCAGCUCCAGUGUCAGAUGCCACUCCUGAUUACGCUGUAGUGACUGCUUUGCCACCUACUUCCACACCCCCUACACCACCACUGCGACACUCAGCGACACGUUUUGCAACAUCUCUAGGUUCAGCCUUCCACCCUGUUCUUCCCCAUUAUGCUACAGUUCCUCGUCCUCUGAACAAAAACUCUCGACCUUCUUCUCCUGUGAACACACCCUCUUCUCAGCCUCCAGCUGCGAAGUCCUGUGCCUGGUCUACUUCCAAUUUCUCGCCCCUCCCUCCAUCUCCUCCGAUAAUGAUUAGCAGUCCUCCUGGCAAAGCUACUGGCCCAAGGCCUGUCCUCCCCGUUUGUGUCUCCUCUCCUGUGCCCCAAAUGCCUCCGUCACCGACAGCACCCAAUGGGCUGCUGGACUCUGUAACAUACCCAGUGUCUCCACCGCCUACCUCAGGGCCAGCAGCGCCACCUCCUCCGCCACCGCCGCCUCCACCACCACCGCCACUGCCGCCGCUGCCUCCCCUCGCCUCACUCUCACACUGUGGAUCACAGGCUUCUCCUCCUCCAGGCACCCCUCUUGCCUCAACUCCCUCAUCCAAGCCCAGUGUUCUCCCUUCUCCCUCUGCAGCUGCCCCUGCCUCUGUGGAGACCCCUCUAAAUCCUGAGCUGGGAGACUCCUCUGCUUCCGAGCCAGGCUUGCAGGCAGCCUCUCAGCCGGUCGAGACGCCAACCCCACAGGGCCUUGUCUUGGGACCACCUGCACCUCCACCACCUCCACCCCUCCCACCAGGCCCUAAUCACACCUCAGCACUCCCUCCUCCCCCUGGACCCCCUCCACCACCUCCACUUCCAUCCACUGGGCCUCCUCCACCGCCUCCCCCACCCCCUCUUCCUAAUCAAGUUCCUCCCCCUCCUCCCCCACCUCCUGCCCCUCCCCUCCCUGCAUCUGGAUUUUUCUCUGGAUCUACUUCAGAAGACAAUCGCCCUUUAACUGGACUCGCAGCUGCAAUCGCAGGAGCAAAACUUAGGAAAGUGUCUCGGGUGGAGGAUGGCUCUUUCCCAAGUGGAGGGGGUACUGUAGGUGUGAACUUGGCCUCAUCCAAAGCAGAUGCUGGUCGUGGGAAUGGACCCCUUCCUCUAGGGGGGAGUGGCUUAAUGGAAGAGAUGAGUGCCCUGCUGGCCAGGAGGAGAAGAAUUGCUGAAAAGGGGUCAACAAUAGAAACAGAACAAAAAGAAGACAGAAGUGAAGAUUCAGAACCUAUAACUUCCAAGGCCUCUACAACAAGUACACCUGAACCAGCUAGAAAGCCUUGGGAAAGAACAAACACAAUGAAUGGCAGUAAGUCACCUGUCAUCUCCAGACGGGAUUCUCCAAGGAAAAAUCAGAUUGUUUUUGACAACAGGUCCUAUGAUUCAUUACACAGACCCAAAUCUACACCUUCGUCACAGCCCAGUGCCAAUGGAGUCCAGACAGAAGGACUCGACUAUGACAGACUGAAGCAGGACAUUUUAGAUGAAAUGAGAAAAGAACUGACAAAGCUGAAGGAAGAGCUUAUUGAUGCAAUCAGGCAGGAACUGAGCAAGUCGAACACUGCAUAGAGAAGCAAACUGAGGAGAGACAGGACUGAAUCUGGAGAAAAACAAAACUUCCUACAAACAACUGUUAACACCCCCUACGAUUUUUAAGCUGUGAGAAGAAACUGGAUACACAGUCAGGAGGGGAAAACGCGCCAACCUCUGAAAACCUUCAGACGCAGCAGCUCUGAAUCAGCUGCGCCCUCCCAGCGUGCUGCUCUGUCCUGACCUUUACUGCAGGAUGAAGAAUUGAGUUUGAGUUCCCAAGCAGUACUAAACCCGUCAGGCAAGAAGUAUUUUCAUGGCUAGAUGAAACUGCACGUUUUCCACAAUCCAUUGCUCUAAUAAAGAAGAGAAAGGCUUAGGGGGUUUUUAAGAAGGCGCUGAUGAAGCAUUUAAUUUAGCAAGUUCUGCUGUUGCAUUGUAAACGUUUCUCUCAGGUUUGUCUUCCUAUCAUAUUUGAUAUUCCGUGAAGAGUUAAGAUCAUAAAACAUAUGGAAUUGUUUGUGCUUUCAAAGGGUGGUAUUUAUCAGAAAGGUCCUACAAUGUUUAGUCCCACUUGAGGAAUUUUAGAAUGAUAGGAAGUCUUUCGGGUUAGCCUUCAUGCAGUUUUGUAGUUUAAAACAAAAUCCGUCCAGAAUUUAAAGAUUUAGAUGCCUUCCUAAAUUGUUACAAUGCUUUACCAAAUCUAUGACUUAUAUAUAACAAACAGUGGUCAAAUGUAAAACAUUCUAUUAUAGAUUUACUGUAGGUUUUCAACCUUUUUUAGACUUAUGCAUGCGGACAUUUUUAUAAUAUAAUUACAAUCACCAUAAAGUUAGCUUUUUUAAUUACAGACAAUAAUGCAUGUCACACUAAUAUGUAGUGGCCUUUUCAAGGCCUAGUCCCAGGGAAAAUAUUUUGUAGAAUAUAGGGAAGUGGGAGGACGGGGAGGAAUAAUUUUUUAUUUAAAGUUAAUUCUGCACUAUCUUUUUUUCUCAAUAAUCUGCAUGAAUUAUAAUGAGAAACACCUUGUGACUUUAAUCGAUAAACAUGUUAACAAAAACAA